AUGCAAUAAACAACCGAUUAUGAUGAAAUGCAGCAUUAUCUCAAGCUGGCUUAGGAUGGGGACACUGAGGCUUAAUUCAAAGUAGGUUUAAUGUAUGAGGAUGGGAAGGGGGCACAGUAAAAUAUUCAAGAAUGCAUUCAAUGGUAUCAAUUGGCUGCCAACAAACAUGCUUAAGCAGCACAUAAUUUGGCAUCCAUUUAUUAUUUAGGCAGAGUUGUUGCUCCUGAUUAUAAAAUUGCAUACAAAUACUUUAGCAAGGCUGCUGAACUAUAAAAUGAAUAAGGAAUGUUCUAACUGGGCUUGAUGCAUUUAUUUGGAUAAGGUGUAGAAUAGGAUUUUGAGAAGAGUAGAGGUUGGUUUGAAAAGGCUGCUAAAUUAGGAUCAGUAUCAGCGAUGAACAACCUCGGCAACAUUUAUAGAUCCGGCAUUGGAACUCAUAUUCAAAUUGAGGAGGCCAAGAAAUAUUAUCGGAUGGCAGCAGAUAAGGGUGAUUAUUGUGCUAUGACCAACUUGGCUACAGUCUUAUUGUAAAGUAAUCCAACUGAAGCUUUUGAUUGGUACCUCCAGGCAGCCAAAGGUGGCUUUGAAAAUGCUUAGUAUAAUCUGGCUGUGGUUUACGAAGAAGGAACUGGAACCAAAUUGAAUUUAUAAUAGGCACUAUACUGGUAUAAAUAAGCAGCACAGGCUGGUAACAUUGAAGCAAAAGAAGCAGUGACCCGUUUAAGUCCUAUAGUUCAAAAUUAACCAUAAAAUGACAAAUAAUAGUAAGGUUAAAAUACAUAAUAAUCGUCUGCCAAAAAAGGUGGGUGUGGCUGUAUUGUAUUUUGA